AGCUCAAAAUCGCCUCCAUUAAUGACUAGUGGAGCUGCUACAUGUUUCCCAGAUCUUUCCUUACAGAUUAGUCCUCCAGCUGCAUCAGUAACUGGUUGUAUCACCAAGAGGCCACGAUCCAGCUCAAGCACCGGCAGCGAUCUAAGCCAAGAAAACAAAUUCCACCACCACCAGAAGUCGUGGGCAGCAGCAGAUCACAUCUGUCACCAGUUUGAUCAGCCUCAGCUGAGCUUGGGGCUUGAGAUAGGGGCAUUGAAUCAUCAUCGUCAUCUCAAUAUAAAUACAGUACCUUCGCAACCACAACAUCAUCGCUAUCAUCUACCUCGAAUCUACGGCCAUGAUUUUAGGAGAAGRUCCAGGAUGGUUAACUUUGCAAGAAGGAGCACUAGAGCCCCUCGCAUGAGAUGGACCUCCACUCUUCACGCCCAUUUCAUCCAUGCCGUUCAGCUCCUCGGUGGCCAUGAAAGAGCAACACCAAAAUCAGUGCAGGAGUUGAUGAAUGUCAAAGAUCUAACUCUAGCCCAUGUGAAAAGUCAUUUGCAGAUGUACAGAACAGUGAAGGGCACUGACAAAGUAGCAGCAGCUGGAUUGCUGGCAGAUCAGAUGCAAGUAAUAAAUUCAAAGACUCCAUUGACAUUUCUUGAAGUUAGGGGAGACAUAUCAGUAUCACCAUCAACUGCACUACAAUCCCAAAGUUGCAGGAGAUCCUCGACAUCAUCGUUGGAGACAAAUGAUUCAUAUUAUCCGAUGAGAGAAAAUACAUCAAGUCAUCAUUGUCCAUCUCCAAUUAUGAAUGAUAGUACUAAGGCCRAUGAGGUUGAGAUGGUAACCCUACAAUACUUGUCGAAAAAGAUGAAGUUAAGAAGUAAUCCGUCAUCUCUAGCUUCAGAAAAAUUGCUUAAUCUUGAGUUCACUCUUGGAAGCAGGCAAAUGGACCACACAUUUUGAAUGAUAUAACAACAUCUCGGGGACUUAAUCAUAAUUAAUAACCCACUUUUUGUAUUUUGUUUUCUUAUCACAUUAUUAUUAUCACAUUAUUAUCAACUUAUCAUAUAAUUAAGAACCUCGCUCUAUAAACCCUACAUUAAUGGAGUUGAUUACAGAGCCUCAUUUUGGGUUCC